AUGUGUUGUUGGUGUCCAGGCUAUGUCGCCCAUGAGCUGCGACAGAACCAUCCCAAGCAGCAACUUGGCAAAUUUGUAGAAGGCCUGUUUGGGAUCCAUACUUCGCUUCGAAGUAGUGCAUUUUGUGUUCCCUUCCUGAGGCAGACACUGGCCUAUGGCCCAGGAGGAUCCAUAGAUAAGCCGCUUGCUGCGACGGGGAAGCUGGUAUUGCCAAAGCUAGAUCUAUCUUUGCUGCACCACUUGAAUGACCCCUUUCACCGCUAUGACCUCUCGACCCGAACCUUCACGCACGAAGAGAGGGGCGAAAUGAAGGACUCUGCCCGCAAUACCUACCGCCCUGCUUUGCAGCCAGCCUGGUUGAAACAUGACCGCCAAGUACUCCGGUUCUAUGCAUACUUCCAGGAAGCAGUUCACGAGAACCCGAAGGAGAGCUUCAGGAUUCGAGGUUGCAAUAUUCUCUUCUACUUGGAAGAUGGGACAAUGAUGGUUUCUGAGCCCAAGAUCGAGAAUUCUGGUAUGACGCAGGGGACCUUCGUAAAGCGGCACCGCAUCCCGCGGCCAAGUAGCCUGGGCGGGGGUGUCUACGGCUUUGAAGACCUCAGAGUCGGCAAAUCUAUUGCCAUCUAUUCCAGACUAUUUCGUCUCAUCGGCGCAGAUGCAUACACUCGAGACUUCUACGAGGCCAACAGUCCUAGAAAUGAGUUUCGACUUCAGGAGCUCCCGAUGGAUACUUUCAGAGCUGCUGAUCUUCCUGACCCGGAAGACUUGGUCUCAGCCAGGCGUGCAGUGCUCCAGGAGGCCAAAGAGUACAAUGAGAUAGCAGUGGGAGGCUGCUGCAGGAACGAAAAGCUGCAACAGUAUUUGGAGAAUGACCGCAAGGUGCUGCGCUUUCACACCUUCUGGGAUGAAAGUGGCAAGUAUGGUUCCAGAAAGUACUACACCUUGCACUAUUAUUUGGCCGAUGAUACUGUGGAAAUGCUGGAAAAUUUGCCGAGGAAUUCAGGGUGUGCUCCUUAUCCUACAUUCUGGAGACGCUCGCCACUUCGGAAGAAUCCUUAUAUCUCGGCAACCCCAGGGAUGCUUGAGCCAGCGGCGCUUAUCUACAAGCCUGAGGACAUGCCAACAACUGCAGACUUUGGUGCCAUCAAAGCCGAUGAAAGAGAAGAGAUGCACACUCCUUAUGCGAUUUGUGUUGGGGCAUUGUCAGUGCCACAGCAGCUUUGGUUUGAGGACCUCAUUUGCGGACAGACGAUUGAUGUCAUGGGGCGCCAGAUCGUUCUCUAUGACUGUGAUGACUUCACUCGAGACUUCUACAGGGGUCUCAUGCCGAAGCCUCCUCGAAGAGAUGUUCAGAAGCUUCUGGUGGAUGCAGACAAGGUCCUGCGCUUUGAGGGAGUCUUGGCCGAUGACGUCGAGGAAAAUGAGAACAGGAAGUUUGUCAUUGCCAUCUGCCUUGGCGAUGAUAGCGUUGGCGUAUGGGAACUCAAGCAGCGGAACUCUGGUCAUUCGGAAGGCAAAUUUGCCAGCAAGUCUCGCAAAAAGAAUCCUGCUACAGGGACUUGGUUUCGGCCAGCAGACUUCUUCAUCGGUGCCUCAUUACUGAUCAAUUCCAGCCCUUUCCGCUUGACAGGGGCUGACGAAAAGGCUCUGUGCUACAUGGAGGAGCACCCGGAUCAGUUCCCAGUUGCGGAUGUGAAUGCCGCAGUUCAAAAGACGCGCGCUAUCAGUGGUUGGCUCCAGGAGCAGUCUGGGAUCGUUGGCGGCCCCGUUCUCAGGACCAUGGAGACGGAAGGUGGGGUGCCUCUCAAUGAGCACGAGAUCCUCACACUUUCUCGUGGCUUCGGUCGGCAUGUAUUACGGGUAAGUGAUGCAGCAGUGGACGCGAGUAAGCUACUGGAAGCUUUGGGGUAA